AUUGAAAAUAGCAGUUAAAAAAAAAUAAGUUGACGAACUAAUUAAGAAACUACUCCAAUCAAGUGGGAUAUUUAAUACUAUUACAGGAAGUCAGAAGAACAUUAAUUGUAUGCGUAGCACAUCAGAGGAUUUUCCCCAUUGGAUAGCACGCUCUGAUUGAAUUUCAAUCUAAGAGCUUCCAAAAUUUCAAAUAUAUUUCAUCAAAGAAUAACAAUAUAUAAACCAUGAGAAAUUUCUCAAUCUUCAAAACAACUGCAAAGCUUUUCAAUGGCUACCCAACUUAUUCUAGUCUCUUACUUCUCUUUACUGUCAGUACAGGAGGUAUGGUGGCAUACUCGGAAUAUAAGACAGGAAAUAGUCCACUAAGUAUUGAAAAUAAGCAUAUGGAUCCUAAGAAGAAGAAAAUGGUGGUGCUUGGGACAGGCUGGGCUGGUAUUAGUUUUGUGAAGGAUCUGGAUCCUUCAACCUAUGAUGUCAAAGUUGUUUCACCGCGAAACUAUUUUGCAUUUACCCCAUUGCUUCCAAGUGUCACAUGUGGAACAGUUGAAGCAAGGAGCAUUGUAGAGCCCAUCAGAAGCAUUGUUAAGAAGAGAAUUGGAGAAAUAAAAUUUUGUGAGGCAGAAUGCACUAAAAUUGAUGCAGCAAACAAGAAAAUUCAUUGCAGAUCUACUUUUGAGAAUAGCCCUGUUCCAAGUCGAGAUUUCUCUUUGGAAUAUGACUACUUGGUUAUAGCAGUUGGAGCACAAGUGAACACUUUCAACACUCCUGGUGUCAUGGAACAUUGCCACUUUCUGAAGGAGGUUGAGGAUGCUCAACGAAUCCGCAAAUCUGUGAUAGAUUGUUUUGAGCAAGCAGUCCUUCCAGACUUGAGUGAAGAAGAGAAGAGGAAGAAUCUUCAUUUUGUAAUCGUUGGAGGCGGUCCUACAGGUGUUGAAUUUGCUGCAGAACUGCACGAUUACAUCCAUGAGGAUUUAGUGAAACUGUAUCCUGGAGUUCAAAAAUUUGUAAAAAUAUCCGUAAUUCAAUCAGGCGAUCAUAUCUUGAACACAUUUGAUGAAAGGAUUAGUGCGUUUGCUGAGACAAAAUUUUCUAGGGAUGGGAUUGAGGUUUUAACAGGGUGCAGGGUUGUCAGCGUUUCUUGUGACUCUAUCACUAUGAAAAUCAAGGCGAGUGGAGAAGUAUGUGCUUUACCGUAUGGAAUGGUCUUAUGGUCUACUGGAGUUGGUACAAGACCAGUUGUGAAGGAUUUCAUGGAGCAAAUUGGCCAGGGUCACAGGCGUGUUCUUGCAAUUGAUGAGUGGUUGCAAGUUAAGGGUUGUAAGGACGUAUUUGCCAUAGGCGACUGUGCUUCAGUUGAUCAACGCAAAAUCAUUGAUGACAUUACGUCGAUAUUUUCUGUUGCGGAUAAAGACAACUCAGGGACCUUGACUAUACAGGAAUUCCAAGAUGUGAUUGAUGACAUCCGUGUUAGAUAUCCCCAAGUAGACCUCUAUAUGAAAACUAAUCAUAUGCAGAGCCUGAGGGAUUUGUUAAGGGAUGCUGAAGGAAAUGAGAUGGAAGUGGAUAUAGAAGGCUUUAGGUCAGCCCUUUUACAUGUAGAUUCACAAUUGAAGAGUCUUCCAGCAACAGCGCAGGUUGCUGCUCAACAAGGUGAGUAUCUUUCUAGGUGCUUUAAUUGUCUUGAGGAAUGCAAAGCUAAUCCAGAAGGCCCUCGUCGUUUUAGAGGCUCUGGGGACCAUAUGUUUCUUCCCUUCAGGUACAAGCAUCUAGGACAAUUCGCGCCAUUAGGAGGAGAACAAGCAGCUGCUGAGCUUCCAGGUGAUUGGGUUUCAAUGGGCCAUAGCACUCAGUGGCUAUGGUACUCUGUGUAUGCAAGCAAGCAAGUUAGCUGGCGAACGCGAACUCUGGUGGUUAGUGAUUGGACGAGAAGAUUUAUCUUUGGCAGAGAUUCAAGCGGUAUAUAAGAUAUUAUGAAUGAUGUUACAUCUGUUACUUGAUUAGUGUGAGAGCUCAUGUUUCAUUAUUAAUCAAGGUAACUGGGUUUGCAGCAGGCAUUUAAAACCAAAUAUUAGCCCAGAACCACAAUGAAUUAUACUGCUCGUGUUAAAUAAAAUCCUGUUAUGAUAUAAAAUUGUUUGGCUUGAGAAUUGAACCUUGAUGGAAACACUUACUCUUAUUAUUCAUUCAACCAUAAUUCAUUAAUAGAUUACUAGCUCUUUAUCCA